CUGACGCUGGCACCCGGCUUGAGCGCCGCCCGCCCGAUCUUCGGCUCCGAUUUCGAGAAGGAGAAGCAGCAGAGGAAUGCGGACUGUCUGGCCGAACUGAAUGAGGCCAUGCGGGGCCGGGCAGAGGAGUGGCACGGGCGCCCGAAAGCGGUGCGGGAGCAGCUGCUGGCGCUGUCCGCCUGUGCCCCCUUCAACGUCCGCUUCAAGAAGGAUCACGGGCUGGUGGGGCGGGUGUUCGCCUUCGAUGCCGCCGCCCGCCCGCCCGGCUACGAGUUUGAGCUGAAGCUCUUCACCGAAUACCCCUGUGGUUCCGGCAACGUGUACGCGGGAGUCCUGGCCGUGGCUCGCCAGAUGUUUCAUGAUGCGCUGCGGGAGCCGGGCAAGGCGCUGGCCUCCUCGGGCUUCAAGUACCUCGAAUACGAACGCCGGCACGGCUCGGGGGAGUGGCGCCAGCUCGGAGAGCUGAUGACCACAGAGGAGCAGCAGCAGCAGCAGCAGCGACACUGGGUAGCCCCGGGUGGUCCAUUCUCUGCCGAGACCCCGGGGAUGCCCUCGCCCAUCGCUGCCCUGAAGAACGUGGCUGAAGCUCUGGGCCACUCCCCCAAGGACCCCAGUGGGGGUGGGGGCCCUGGGCGUGCAGGGGGUGCCAGCCCAGCGGCCUCCUCCACAGCCCAGCCGGUAGCCCAGCAUCGCCUAGUGGCCCGAAAUGGUGAUGCCGAAGUCAGCCCGACCGCCGGGGCAGAGGCUGUUAGCGGGGGUGGUAGCGGCACUGGGGCGACCCCUGGAGCCCCCCUGUGCUGUACCCUCUGCCGGGAGCGGCUGGAAGACACCCACUUCGUCCAGUGCCCCUCAGUGCCCGGACACAAGUUCUGCUUUCCCUGCUCCAGAGAGUUCAUCAAGGCGCAGGGCCCUGCCGGUGAGGUGUACUGCCCCAGCGGAGACAAGUGCCCGCUGGUGGGCUCCUCUGUCCCCUGGGCCUUCAUGCAGGGCGAGAUCGCCACCAUCCUCGCUGGAGACAUCAAGGUUAAGAAAGAACGGGACCCCUAGGCCACCACUGCCACCAGUCUACUGCCCCGUCCCCUUGCCGCCCACCGCUGCUGCGGAUAAAUUAUUCCCUCCCUCCCCCAGCCCAGUGCCACCCCCACUGUGUAUAUACUCCCUUCCUCGUCCCAGAGGGGUCCCUGGGGUAGACGCAUUGAGGGUGGGGGGAGAAAGCUCGUGGCUUCUGUCUGAGGGGGGUGUUUGGGGUCCCUUGGCCCCUCCGAUUUCCCUCUCCCCUCCUUGGCUUAGCUUUGCUGCUGCUCGUAGUUGGGGAAGAGGUGGCCCCCUCCUCCUCCUUGAGAAGGGCCUCCUGGAAAUGUCGCUCUUUAUAAAUGAAGCAAAAGCAUUUUAUUGCUCCCCUCUCCUGCCCCCUUUCCUCCUUCAAUAAACCGAAAAAUGGGUUUUUUCCUU